AUGAUAUACAGGCAAUUGGAUGGGCAAGGGCUGAUUCGGGAGAGCGAGCAUAGAUUUGUACGCGGGGGUUCCUGUCUAGCAAAUCUGAUUGAGCUUUUUGAAGACGUGAGCAAAAAGGAAGGUGAAGGCAGAAGUGUGGUUGUCGUGUACAAGGACUUUAGUAAGGCGUUCGACAAAGCGAAUGCGUUGACCAUUGUGAUCCUGGCGCAAGGAAGAUGCGGCCUCGCCAAGUGUAUCACCCGCUACCUCGUGUUCAUGGCGGUGGCGGAUCUCCUCGUCAUUAUCACGGCAGUGGUACUGAGUCGGCUACGUGCUAUUUAUUUCCCUGUCAGUUUUUUGUCCACCAUUCCCGCCUGCAAACUUAUUAUUCUCCUCAGCUGGGCAUCCAAGGACACGUCUGCUUGGUUGACCGUCGCCUUCACCUUCGAUCGAUUCAUCGCCAUUUGCUGUCACCGACGCAAGCUCAGAUAUUGCACGGAGAAAAACGCGGCUGCCGUUAUUGGAGCUGUCUGUGCGGCGGGUUGUUUAAAGAACGUCCCUUCUUAUUUUAUAUACGUGCCAGUGUACGUGGUCGAUAACGUGCCCUGGUUCUGCACGAUAAACCAAAUGUACUACUCUUCCAUUGCAUGGAGGGUUUAUGACUGGCUGCACCGGAUGUUAAACCCAUGUGUCCCGUUCCUUCUCAUUUUUCUACUCAAUGUUCUGACCAUCAGAUACAUCCUAAAGGCGAAUGAAGCCCGCAAGAGGCUCCGGGCCCAGAGCAAUGGUGACAGACAGAAUGACACGGAGAUGGAGAACAGGAGGAAGUCUAUCAUUUUACUCAUGGCGAUAUUGGGUAGUUUUCUCCUGUUGCGAUUGACGUAUGUCGUGAAUUUUCUAUUUGUGCAAUUGACCAGCAAUAACUAUGCCAGCGGCUCCAAUUCCGCUGAUCCAAAGUUUAUCCUACAGGAAAGCGGAUACAUGCUGGAGCUUCUCAGUUCUUGCACCAACUCAUGCAUUUACGCGGGGACGCAGAUUAAGUUCAGAAGACAGUUGAAGGGCGUUGUUCAAUUCCCAUUCAAACUAAUUAAAACAUGGUUCAAAACUUACGCAUUACCGAUAGUUUCUGUCUUAUUUUCCACCACUGAAAAUUAUAAAGUUGAUAUGAUUUUGAAAUAG